AUGCGCCGCUCUUCCAGUAUCUCGAGCAUCAGCUCUUCGGCCUCUGAAAGCGAAGAGACAAUGCAGAUCUUCAUCAAGACCGUCUCCGGCGACAGCACAAUCCCCCUCAGCAUACCCUCGUCCACGUCCAUCUCGACGUUACGCUCCCUUCUUGCCCUGCGCACCAACCUCUCCACUCCGUCGGACCUGCGCCUCGUGCACGCCGGCAAGCACCUGACGUCGCCGUCGUCAACGCUGGAAUCCUACGCCAUCCCGCCCAACGCCACCCUUCACAUGGCUCUGCCGCUGCGCGGCGGAAUGCCGCCCAAGAAGAUUCGCUGCAGCUUCAAGGAGUGCAAGGACGCGGCGCAGCGCAUCGUCGGCGACUGCGGCUUCUGCUCGGGUCACUACUGCGGCAAGCACCGAUUGCUCGAGGAUCACAAGUGCGAGGGCCUCGAGGACUGCAAGAAGGAGAGCCAUGAGCGGAAUGCGGAGAGGCUGAACAGCGAGAGGACUGUCGCUAUCAAGGGCGUCUAGACCGCUUGUGAGCGUAGCCGGACGUCAAGAGACGUCGCAGGCUUGACGGGAGCACCGAGGGACAUCGGGGCUGACAUUGUUUGUGCCGAUGCUGCUGGUGUUCCCGUCAGAUGAUUGGGUUCGAGCGAGGGAUGCCGUAAUAACUUUGGUCCUUGAGCUGGGGUACGGUGCACGGCGUUCAUCAUGGAGGGUCUUUCUAGCGACUGAGCAUUGGUAGCUAGACUAAUUGACUACUAUUCUUCACAUUAGACGA